AUGGAUUCCCGGAGGCUGGAUGAGGACUGGGAGAGGGCUGGGCGUUGCUACAUGCUGACUCCGCUCACAUGCACCACUCUGCACCGUCUGGAAGCUCCUGCUGCAGCCAGCACCAUGGAGCACGAGGUGGAACAGCCUCUCCUGGUGCAUCAGAGCACCACGGCAGUGCCAAAACAUCCUCUGCCCGCCACGGCAGCAGCAGCAGGACACUGGUGCUGGGGGGAGGGAUGGGCCUGGGGAGUCAGGGAAGGUCCCCUGCACCUGCCUUGCUUUUCUUUCUCACUGCAUCCUCGGAGACCAGAAAUACACAGGAUGAUCCAGCAGCAGCUGAGACAGCUCCUGCCAGAGAUGAAGGUGGACGCUUCUGCUGCCCUCACCCUGCUCGGCAGCUCCGUGGCAGCCCUGGUGGUCUGGAAAUGGCUGGGCAAAAAGAUGAUCCAGAAGAAAAUGGAAGAGGCUCAGAGGACCAGGGAUGAGGGCAUGAAGAAAAUGGCAAAGGCUGUCCAGCAGUUCAGGGAGCAGGUCCCCAGUGUCCAGACAGAUGCCAUUCUGUCCCUGCCCCUGCUGGAACUCACUGGAAGACUCCAGGAAGGGUCUCUGUCCCCCAGGACUGUCCUCUACACCUACGUAGAGAAGGCCCUGGAAGUGACCCAGCAGACAAACUGCUUGCGACACUUUAUCCCAGAGUGCGAGGAGCAGCUCCAGGAAAUACAGCGGCACAAGGAGAAGGGGCUGCUCUACGGCAUCCCCGUCAGCAUCAAGGAUCACAUCGGCCACAAGGGGCACUUGGCAACCUGUGGGCUUGUGCAGUGCUUGGGCACUCUGAUGGAGGAGGACAGCGUCCUGGUCAAGGUCCUGAAGAGACAAGGGGCCAUCCCGUUUGCAAUGACCAACGUGCCACAAUCCCUCUUCAGCUACGACUGCAGCAACCCCAUCUUUGGCCGAACCUCGAACCCCUUCAACCCCCAGAAGAGCCCCGGGGGCUCCUCGGGAGGGGAGGGAGCUCUGAUCGCAGGGGGAGGCUCCAUCCUGGGCAUCGGCUCCGACAUGGGCGGCAGCAUCCGCCUGCCCUCCAGCUUCUGCGGGCUCUGCGGCCUCAAACCCACGGCCGAGAGGCUCAGCCUGUCUGGAGUGACCGGCCCUGUCAAUGGCAUCCUAGCAGUUCCCUGUGCGCUGGGGCCCAUGGCGAGGGACGUGGACAGCCUGGCCCUGUGCAUGAAGGCGCUGCUCUGCCAGGAGAUGUUCCAGCUGGACCCCGCCGUGCCCCCCAUCCCCUUCAAUGAGGAGGUGUACUCCAGCUCCGCUCCCCUGCGGGUCGGGUACUACGACACCGACGGCUACUUCCCGCUGCCCCCCUGCAUGAGGAGGGCGGUGAAGGAAACCAGGCGUGCUCUGCAGGCAGCUGGGCACCAGCUGGUGCCCUUCUCUCCUCCUCGGGUCCCCUAUGUCAUGACUGAACUGUUUUUGAAGACGUUCUUUGCUGAUGGAGGCCGUGCCUGGCUGGAUGUGUUGACAGGAAAUAUUGUAGAUCCAGUCUUGAAACCACUGGUGAAUUCCUGCAAGUUCCCGAGGCUGGUGAAGAAGCUGCUGGCGCUGCUUCUUAAACCUCUGUUUCCCCGCCUGGCUGACUACCUGAGUGUCUUUGCUGGAAUGAGGUCAGUGAAGGAGAUGUGGAAUCAUCACCAUCAAAUACAGGUGUACCGCUCCCAGUUCAUCACCCAGUGGAGGGAACUCCAGCUGGACGUUGUGCUGUGCCCUAUCCUGGGGCCUGCCUUCACCAAGGGAUACCCUGGGAAACUCCUCACUGCCAUCUCCUCCACGAUGCUGUACAACGUCUUGAACUUCCCCGCCGGCGUGGUUCCCGUCAGCACCGUGACAGAGGCUGAUGAGGAAGAGCUGAAGCUUUACAAAGGAUGCUGUGAUGACCCCUGGGACCGGGCACUGAAACAGGCUGUGUCAGGAGCUGUGGGGAUGCCCGUGGCCGUGCAGUGCGUGGCUCUGCCGUGGCAGGAGGAGCUGUGCCUGCGCUUCAUGAAGGAGGUGGAGACCCUCAGCCGUGACAAGAGAGUGGCAUAGCCACCAGUGUCCCCAAAGAGAAGGGACAGUGCUGCACGACUGCCACCAGCAGUGCAGAGACUACACUGAGGAGGGGAGGAGGAAGGAAACGCCACCUCCUGACCCCUCUCCUUGCCAAUAAACAUCCUGCAAGGAACCAAAGUGCCCUGCAGGACUGGCUUAAGAUAGCUUCAAACAGUGGUAAAUCCAGGAACUGCACUUCCAGCAAGGAUGGCCAUGGAUGUGGGUUCACCCCUCUGCCCAUCACUGCUGCCUCCUGCAGAAGCAGGGCGGUGCUGGGAGGAAAGGAUUACAGAACUUCAACAGUAUUUUCUUGCUGGCAGUGGAGUAACUUUGUAUGGAUGUAACUACGGGCUGCCCCAUGAGGAAUAAAAAUGUAACUAUUAAGCAACUCUUAUCACAAAUUCCAGUAAUCUUUCACUGAUGGUGAUGAUUCUAUGAAAAAAGUUACUACUCAAAAUCGUAACACCUGCCCACUGGACUUUAAAUGGCACC